AUGUCUGGGACAAGUGAUGAUGAGUUUAGUGAGCUAGAUGCCAGUCUUAAAGAAUUUGCAAGAAAAAGACAAUCGAGGCUGAGAACGAUGAAGUCUACACAGCAGCAAACAAAUGUCUCCCAGCAUGUAGAGCAAAUACCAAACGAGCUGGAGUACGAAACCUUACUUAAGUGCGCAAUGGCUGUUUUGAAGAAAGACAAGGAUCAAGUCGAGUCCACAAGAAUAAAACUGCCAUUAGAUGUGAAACGAGAGGCAAGAAAGACAUCGAUAAACAUAGUGGAGAUAGCAAACAUAUUGAACAGAUCAGUUGACCACUUGGUAAGUUUCAUAUCGAAUGAGUUGAUGGCAACCGGAUCGGUGAACAAAGAUGGCAGAUUGCUUAUAAAAGGGAUGUUUAUUAGAUCAGAAAUCCAGGAGGUUAUUAGAAGGUACAUUGAGCAUUUUGUGGUAUGCAAGAUCUGUGAAAAUGUUGAAGACACUGAAAUUGUAAGAGAAAAGAGACUCUAUUUCCUAAAAUGCUCAAAGUGCGGGGGUGCAAGAUGUGUGGGGAAUGCUGUCGAAGGAAUCACAACAAAAGGUAAGGCAAAGCCACAGCUUAGAGGAAUGCUAUGA